AUGAUUCGUCAAAUGACAGUUCCUGUGGAAAUCCUCGAUGUGAAAAUCGACGUUUCGCUUAAGUGCCGUAUGUGUGGAUCAGUUAUAAGAAAACUGACGGUAGAAAAAGAAGCCGCGAGGUGCAAUAAAUGCCAAUCUAAGACUAAAGCAUGUUUAGACAGUUGCAAGAUGAAGGUGAAUGUGAUCCAUUCACAAAACUAUUUCGAAGUUGAAUUGAGUUCACAAACAAUAACUCAGUUUGUAAAAAAUCUAGUCAAAUCCCAAGGAAAAAGUCGGUCUGAAUGGAUGAACAUCAACUACUGGCCGACGUGGAAUAACAAAAAAGUGGACAUGGUACUUCGUCUGAGUGAGACGAAAUGGAGUUGUAUUGGAAUAAUGGAAUUGGAAGAAGAUCUCAAACCAGUGCCGAAUCCACAAAUGCAGGGCACUGACGGAAGGAUUUUCGGACAAAGCGAGGAUAUUGGUUUUGAGGAUAGAGAGGUGAAAGUAGAAGAAGUAGAGGAGCCAGAUGGUGGACUUCGUCAGAUGGAGGAAAACACAAAUGUUCAAGGAGAGGAACAAGCGGAAGGACGGGAGAAAAUACAUGAGAAUGGAAGUGGAAUGAGAGUUGAUGAAGCUGUUGUGAGAAAUAAUCAAAGAAGUAAAGGUGGAGAAAGAGAGCGUCCGGUUUCUCCAAAAAUCGAAGAUGUUGAACUCGAAGAGGACGUGGAGCAUCGACGAAUUCCGGAAGAUUUCGAUGAUGGGGGACUCCGCGGAUAUGAUGAUAUGGACAUGGAUUACGAUGAUAUUGAGGAAGGAGAAGGAAGACAACGGAAUUUUGUAGAUUUUGAUGAUGGAGAUCUCAGUGGUGAAGAUGACAUGGAUAUGGAUUUAGAUUUGGGGACAAGAAUCAGGAAUGUGGAAGACCAUUCAAAUGCAAGUAGAGAAGAGCUCGAAGAAUCCGAUAGCCACGAGGGAGAAGAAAGUUCCGGCGAUGAUUCAGACAGUGAUCAAGAAUCAGAAGGAGACAGUGAAGAUGAGGAAGAAGAGGAAAGCGAUGAGGAGCCAGAACAGAAGCAAACGAAGAGGAGAUCUGUGAAAGCAGUCAUACCCAAGACUGUACACAGGAAUGUUCAAAUGAAGAAGGAGAACACUACGGGACCUCGUAUAUUUUUUUUUGUUAAUCAGAAAAAAGUGCUCAAUGUUGAGUUCAAAAGAAAGGAGUAUCCCAGUAAAGAAGAAUACGAAAGAAUUGCCAAGAAGACAAGCUUAACGGUAGAACAGGUGACAAGGUGGUUUAAACACGAAAGAUAUCUGAUGAAAAAAAGAGGAAUCAUCGAAAAACCAAAAUCAAGAAAACGAUUUGAUGAUAGACAGAUAGCGGCAAUGAAUCGAGCAUUCGAAAGAAACCAACAUCCCAAUAAAAAGCAACGAAAGCCAGUCCUUGCCGAAACAGGACUCACUGACGAUCAACAUCAUUACGUCAUGAUUCGUCAAAUGACAGUUCCGGUGGAAAUCCUCGAUGUGAAAAUCGACGUGUCGCUUAAGUGUCGUACGUGUGGAUCAGUUAUUAGAAAACUGACGGUAGAAAAAGAAGUCGCGAGAUGCAACAAAUGCCAAUCACAGUUGAAAGUUUGUUUAGAAACUUGCAAAAUGAAGGUGAAUGUGAUCCAUUCACAAAACUAUUUCGAAGUUGAAUUGAGUUCACAAACAAUAACUCAGUUUGUUAAAAAUCUAGUCAAAUCCCAAGGAAGAAGUCGGUAUGAAUGGAUGAACAUCAACUACUGGCCAACUUGGAGGAACAAAAAAGUAGAAUUGGUACUUCGUCUGAGUGAGACGAAAUGGAGUUGUAUUGGAAUAAAUGAAUUGGAAGAAGAUCUCAAACCAGUGCCGAAUCCACAAAUGCAGGAAGCUAACGGAUGGAUUUCUGGACGAAGCGAGGAUAUUGAUUUUGAGAAUAGAGAGGUGAAAGUAGAAGAAGUAGAGGAGCCAGAUGGUGGACCUCGUCUGAUGGAGGAAAACACAAAUGUUCAAGGAGAGGAACGAGCGGAAGGACGUGAAAGACAUAAGAAUGGAAAUGACAUGAGAGUUGAUGAAGCUGUUGUAAGAAGUAAUCAGAGAAGACGAAAUGGAGAAAGAGAGCGUCCGGUUUCACCAAAAAUCGAAGAUGUUGAAUUCGAAGAGAACGUGGAGCAUCGACGAAUUCCGGAAGAUUUCGAUGAUGGGGGACUCCGCGGAUAUGAUGAAAUGGAUAUGGAUUAUGAUGAUUUCGCGGCAGGCGAAGGAGAAGGAAGAGAAAGAAAUUUGGGAAACGGUGAUGUCAAUGGUGAAGAUGACAUGGAUAUGGACUUAGAUUUGGGGAGAGAUAAUAGAGAUGAAGAAGAAUUAUCAAAUGAUAGUAGAGAAAAACACGAAGAAUCAGAUAGCGACGAGGGAGAAGAAUGCGAUCCAAGUUCCGGAGAGGAUUCAGACAGCGAGCAAGAAUCAGAAGGAGAUGAUGAAGAUGAGGAAGAAGAAGAAAGCGAUGAGGAGCCAGAACAGAAGCAAACGAAGAGGAGAUCUGCGAAAGCCGUCAUUCCCAAGACUGUACCCAACAAUGUUCGAUCGAAGAACGGUACAAAACCUCAAAGAGAAUUUUUCUCUGUUGAGCAGAAAGAACGACUUAAUGAUGAGUUCAAAAGAAAAGCACAUCACAGUAAAGAACAGUACGAGAGAAUCGCCAAGGAGAUAGGAUUAACUGUAAGACAGGUGACAAGAUGGUUCGACAACCAAAGAUACCGUAAAAAGUUUAAUUGA